AGGUUAGAGGGAGCUGUUAGUCAUGGUGUGCUAUUUUCUCAGGUUAUUCUUAUCGUCAGUCGUCUCCUUCUGGGAGUAUAUAUGACGGUGGGGUCACCAGGAUGUCGCGUCUUAUCGCGGCUACAAUAUGAAACGUUUCGUUCUGCUUGUUCUUACCGCAGCAUCCUUUGUUUAUGCUAGGGCAUGGAAUGAUACUGGCGUCGGUUCUAUCGUCUUUGAAGAGGCAUGGGCAACUCCUGAACUUGCGGUAACAGUGGGUGGAGCACCGGCUCUUGGCCAAACUAUCGCAGAACUCCAAGCAAAUCUCGUUGAUGUCCAUAAUCACAGACUGGCGCUUAUGGAUGAGUUCGGUAUCGACUUCAUGGUCCUCUCUUGUGUACAGCCUUGCGUCCAAGGGAUAUCCGAUCCGGAAACAGCAGCCGCAAUGGCCGUUGAUCUUAACAACAACCUAGCGGACCUUAUUUCGAACAAUACUUUCCGGUUUGGCGCCUUCGCGGCUUUGGCUAUGCAUAACGCCUCUGUAGCUGCUCAAGAACUUAACCGGACCGUUACUGAACUGGGUUUCCUCGGAGCUUUAGUCAAUGAUUAUCAACAGUCUGGGCCGGAUAACGACACACUCUUAUACUAUGAUCAGCCGGAAUACGAUGUGUUCUGGCAGAUGGUGACGGAUCUGGACGUCCCGGUAUACUUUCAUCCUAGAACGAAUGUCGAGCCUAUUUUGUCGCUCGUUUAUAGCCAUGGCUUUGGUCUGGAGGGCCCUGCUCAAGAAUUUGCAGCAACGCUAUCGACACAUAUAUUGGGGCUAUGCACGAACGGGGUUUUCGACCGGUUCCCAACUCUCAAAAUCCUUGUUGGCCAUCUUGGGGAGAGGCUUCCCUCGGAUUUAUUCAGAACUGAUGAACAACUCCUUCGUCAGGUUCCUUUGGGUAUUCCCAUGCAGCGGAAUGCUUCCUCGUAUUGGCUCACGAACCUCUAUGAGACGACUGCUGGAAACUUCGCGACGUCAUUAUUGCAAUUCCACGCGUCCCAGAUAGGCUUGGAUAGGAUUAUGCAUUCAAUUGAUUAUCCCUUCGCUCUGAUAAGUGAAGGUUCGGAGUGGGUCGAUGGUCUAGGAGACAUAUUGACAGCAGAAGAGCUGCUACAGCUGAAGAGGGGAACCGCGAUAAAGGUGUUGAAGUUGAAUGACUGAGAUCGUCUGUU